AUGCCUGCCCCUUUAGUCGACGUGAAUGUCAACGACGACGCGAACCUGCGCCUAUUGAACCAUGUAAACCUCAUGGUGGAUUCCUUCGUCGCCAAUGCAGAUGCGGACGAUCUUCGGGCGACUGUGCGCGCUUUGCUCGCAUCUACAUCGCCGAGCACCGCUGUAGCUUUCACCAAGGCAGCUCGUGCGCGACUCACCAAGACGCACACCGCUCAUGUCGCGCCUGGUAGCCAACUGUUUGCACCAGAUCCAUCUCAUCCUGGGUUCGUAACUCCAGGUCCGGACAUCACGGACGUCCUUAGGCAUGCGCGCGCACUAUACGGCUCGGGCCUGGGCCUUGCGGGUUUCGAACUACUCUUGGAGGUUGUGCAAGCCACUCGCGGCCUCCGCUGGGCGGAGAAUGGUCCAACUGGGGACUUGCUUGCCGUCAUCGACGCGGACUGCUGCCAGGCCAUACAGAGUGCCAAGGAGGAGAUAGACGGUGGACGCGCGGGCCACCCUGAUCGCGUGCGCGCUACCAUUGCUCGAGCAAGAGUUGUCCUCGGACAGAGCGCAAAGGAUGUCGCCACUUGGUCUUCCGACUUUCCCUUCGAGCGAGCGUUAACCAGUAUAGAAGUAUGGAAAGUCUGA